AUGAAAAUCACGGGCAUCUUAAUGUUGCUUUGGGGACUCUCGCUAUUAGCAGCAGGCCUAAGCUGUACUUUUAAAAUAGAUGGCAGUCAUAAUUUCACUGCAAAGAACCAUACUUCAGUUCCACAAAAUAUAAAUAAAAAUGUUACUAUACUUGAUCUCAGUUAUAACCAAAUCACUCUGAACAGCACAGAUAUAAGGAUUCUUCAGACAUAUGUUUUACUAACUGAACUCAAUCUGAACAACAACAAAAUUAUUUUCCUACAUAAUAACAGUUUUGGUAGUCUCUCCAACCUGGAAAUUUUAAGUAUCAGCAGCAACUCCAUCAAUGCAAUUGAACAGAAUGCUUUUGUAGGAUUAGAUAAACUAAAACAAUUGUAUCUUUGCCAAAACAAAAUCUCUCAACUGAAUCCUUAUACAUUGAUGCCUCUAAAAAGCCUGAUGGCUUUGAAUUUACAAGACAAUAUGAUAAGUUAUUUUGAUAUUCCAAGACAAUUUCAACUGGAAAAAAUAAUUUUACAUGGAAAUCCGUGGAACUGCUCUUGUGGUCUACAUAAUUUACAGAAUUGGUUGAAUACCUCAAAAGUAAUGCUAGAAUGUGAGAAUAUCACAAUGUGUAGCUCUCCAGAUGCCCUGAAGAACUACAGCAUCAAAGCAGCACCAUACAAGAAUGAAUGUCAUUCAAAAUCACCCAUACUUAUAACUCAGCUUGCUAAUGUUCAUUUUAAGUCCUCCGGCAACACGACACUUUUUCAAAAUUUAAAUGACACUGCGAACAACAUAACAAAAAAUGCAGAAUUUAAGCCUCUUGGUAAAAGCUGGGCCCUUCUCGUUGGUGUGGUAGUUCUGGUUCUGGUAACCUCGCUGCUGAUUUUUAUUGCUAUCAGAUGCCCAACAUGGUGUAACUUUUUGUUUAGCUUCAAUCAUCGUCGCUUGAAUGAGCAAGAAGUUGAUACAUAUGAAGAAGAUUUUACUGUUUAUUCUAAUUCUCUUCCACAAACACCAGAUACAAACCCAGAAGAAAGUAUAGUGAUAUUUGAUCAAUUAAGUGCAUUUGUGGUAGAUGAAGAUGGAUUUAUUGAAGACAAAUAUAUAGAUACUCAAGAAAUGUGUGAAGAAAAUUAA